AUGUCUGCUUCCCCCACUGAUCCCUCCAUACCCACUGACCGGGAGGACAGCCAGGCAGGUCUGAGUCCGGGGCUCCUGUGCAGGGUGUGUGGGGACAGCAGCAGUGGGAAGCACUACGGCAUCUAUGCUUGCAACGGUUGCAGUGGCUUCUUCAAGAGAAGCGUGAGGAGGAAGCUCAUUUACAGGUGCCAGGCUGGUUCUGGGACAUGCCCCGUGGACAAGGCCCACAGAAACCAGUGCCAGGCUUGCCGCCUGCGGAAGUGUCUGCAGUCAGGGAUGAACAAGGAUGCCGUACAGAAUGAGCGCCAGCCCCGGAGCACAGCCCAGGUUCGUCUUGACAGCAUCGAGCUGGAUUCCAACCUCAGGUCGGAGCAUCUCCCCACGACUCGAGCUGGCCCCCAGCCUGCCAGUCCUAUUGUGCUUGGCCUUCGGGUGCCUUCAUCUGCCUCCACCAUGGCAGCCCCUGGUGCUCGGGCUCUGACCCCUCCAGGAAACCAUCGCUUCAUGGCCAGUCUCAUGACAGCGGAGACUUGUGCAAAGUUGGAGCCAGAGGAUGCUGAUGAGAACGUUGAUGUCACUAGCAAUGAGCCGGACCGACCCCUGACUGAUGACCAGCCGGGUUCGUACCCUUCUACCAGCCCUGAGAAUGUCUACGAGACAUCUGCCCGCCUCCUCUUCAUGGCUGUGAAGUGGGCAAAGAACCUCCCGGUGUUUUCUAACCUGCCCUUCAGAGACCAGGUGAUUUUGUUGGAAGAGGCCUGGAGUGAGCUGUUCCUUCUCUGUGCCAUCCAGUGGUCUUUGCCCCUGGAGAGCUGUCCACUGCUGUCUGUGCCAGACCCAACCCCUGGCAUUCAGGGAAAACUCAUGUCUGCUUCAAUAGAGACUCAGAUCCUACAGGAAACCAUUGCCCGAUUCAAAUCACUCACAGUGGACCCCACUGAAUUUGCAUGCAUGAAGGCUCUCGUCCUCUUCAAACCAGAGACUCGGGGCCUGAAGGAUCCUGAGCAGGUGGAGAAUCUGCAGGACCAGUCUCAGGUGAUGCUGGGGCAGCACAACAAGAUGCAUUAUCCCAGCCAGCCCGUGAGGUUUGGAAAACUGCUUUUGCUCCUCCCCGCGCUGAGGUUCAUCUCUUCGGAUCGCAUCGAGCUCCUCUUCUUUCGGAGAACCAUAGGAAACACGCCCAUGGAGAAACUCCUCUGUGAUAUGUUCAAAAACUGACAACUCCUGUCUCCUUCCCUCCCAGGUACCACGUGGGAAGCCCAUCCACAGACAUUUUAGCCCCUCCCCCUCCCCUCCUCCACUCUUCAUUAAAAGCCGUCCAGGAAGCCUCCAGGAGGACAAGCCUUUUAGGACAAGAAUCAAUGCUUUUGUCUCUGAAGUGGAAGAAAUGCUUAAAGUCUAUCAAAAUAGGCUGAGAAAUCCAUUCAUGACCACGGCUUUUAGUGAAAAGCCUCCUCCAGGCCUAGAGAACUUCCUGUAGGAGGUGGCUUCCAUGAAGUGGCCUGAGGAAAGAUGGGUUCAUUGUUGACUGGAAAGAAUGAAGAGGGCGGCCUGAGGAAGACCAACCAAACUCUUUGGACUCUUUCAAACCUUACUCUCAGGACUCCAACUCAACGUAUUCAAGCUCUCUAGUGGAAUGAAUGCCCUGUGCUAAAUCCAAUUCCUUGUCAAAAUCUCUCAUCCUCGAUGCAGCCCGAAUCCUUAGAAAGCGCCCCUUUAGCCAGGCGCACAGCACAAAUCUGCAGAGCUAGACCCCUCCCACAAGUGUUUUGAAAAUAAGAAAAGCUUUCAUCCUAGCAAAGACUGUCAAGGUCCCGAGUUAGCGCCUCAGACGGCUGGCUGUGAUCUGUAGCAAUGAUAGUUUUUGGACUGAAAAGAGCCAAUUGUGCGACCGAGGAGGAAGUCUCCAGAGUGCUCUCACUGAG